UAUACAGUCGUCCAUAUCCUAACCAGGUGCACGGUCUCUGGGUCUGACCCUCUGUGGAUGCUACCGUCCUCCUGUUGUUUCCUCCUUCCUCUUUUCUGCCUGACUAGACGCUAACAUGGCUUUCUACAAGCACUCAGGUCCCAGGAGUUAUCUGACCUCCACCAUGACCGACCGCUUCGACUGCUACUACUGCCGUGACAACCUGCACGGGAAGAAGUACGUGAAGAAGGACGACAAGCACGUCUGCACCAAGUGCUUCAAUAAGCUCUGCGCCAACACCUGCGCCGAGUGCAAACGCCCCAUCGGCGCCGACUCCAAGGAGCUGCACCACAAGAACCGCUACUGGCAUGAGGACUGUUUCCGCUGUGCCAAGUGCUACAAGCCGCUGGCCAGCGAGCCGUUCAGCGCCCGAGAUGACGGCAAGAUAAUGUGCGGAAAGUGUGGCUCCCGGGAGGACGGAAACCGCUGCCAGGGCUGCUACAAGGUGGUGAUGCCAGGAACCCAGAAUGUGGAGUACAAAAACAAAGUGUGGCACGAGGAAUGCUUCACCUGCUUCGACUGCAAGCAGCCGAUCCGUACGCAGAGCUUCAUGACCAAGGGCGACGACAUCUACUGCACCGCCUGCCACGACAAGAAGUUCGCCAAGAAAUGCUUCCACUGCAAGCAGGCCAUCACCUCCGGAGGGAUCAGCUACCAGGACAACCCCUGGCACUCCGAGUGCUUCGUGUGCAAAACCUGCCGCAAGUCUCUGGCAGGAACUCGCUUCACUUCUCACGAGCAGGACGUCUACUGCGUCGACUGUUACAAGACCGACGUGGCCAAGAAGUGCAACGGCUGCAAGAAUCCCAUCACAGGGUUUGGUCACGGCACCAACGUGGUGAACUACGAGGGCUACGCCUGGCACGAGUACUGCUUCAACUGCAAGAGGUGCUCCCUCUCUCUGGCCAACAAGCGCUUCGUGAUCAACAUAGAUCACAUUUACUGCCCCGACUGCGCCAAGAAGCUGUAAUGGGCAUGAUCACAUGUGCACAGGAGUCUCACCAAAACUGAUGAAACGAUCAUCUUUUAAGGAUUUUUGGUAGUAAAAAAAGUUCUAAUUUGAAACCAGUCUGUUUCAAAGAGACUCCUUGAUUUCCUUCAGUAGGAGUGUGAUGAUGUGCACCAUUAGUCUAAUCUAAUCCAGGAUUCUGGACUGCUUUACUGGAAUCUUUUUGAGAAUGAAAUGCUUUCUACAAGCCUGCUGCUGCUCACACAUACCAGCUUUUAUCAAUAAUCUGUUAGAUCUCCGAAUGUUUGAACGGAUUAGGAGGGUUUCUGAAAUGCUGAAAUAUACACUGCUCAUGUAUUCUGAGUUUUGAGUGGAUUUCAAUGCAGAUCAAGAAUAAAAGGAAGUGAUGCGGAGAAAAGAAAAGAAUGAAUCUUGG